AUGAAUAAAGAAAUUUUGACGCUAUGCCAAGUGCUCCUACUGUUUUCAUGCGGUGAGCUAAUCUUCGCACACUGGACAAGUUCCGGCUAUCCAGAUCUGCGUGGCCGAACUGUCACAAAGUGCGGCGUUGAAAUUUCACCCGGAACACUGCUUUAUGUGUGUGAUCCUGAUCAUGUGCUCAAUUCUUCCCAAGCGCGGUCACUGAACGAUCAGCUUCAUAAGCUGGCAGUGGGAACGCCUUGUCACUGUCAGCGACGGUCGCAGUGCGCAACCGGUGAGGAUGUGAACAGUCCAUUUCAUGGAUUCGUUGCAUCGGUUGCAUUGGUCAACAACCUCCAGAUGACCAUACACAAUCGAGCGGAAGGGUUUUGCCGCACACUGGAAGGGCGAUGGGCUUUGGGCGACUGUGGUAAUUCAGUGCUGAUCUUCGUAUGGAAACACUACAAAAAGAUGAUCAUCUGGCCGGCUCGACUUGCUCAUCGCUAUGUCACGGCAGGUGAACGACGCCGAAUUUUGGAUGAUGUAAACACGCUUGUUCAGAAUGAUAAAUGGUACGAGGCGCUUACACGGGUCAUUGGUACGCGUUAUAAAAAUAGUGCCGGGUGA